AUGUCGCAACGAGUGCAACAGGACGUAGAGGACAUACUAAAAUAUGUCCGUGAGAAAGAGAGACUUUGCGUCAAGUUGAAGCUGAGUGUGAGUGACACAAUUAGGGAGAUAAUUCAAACUCCCCACUCGACAAAAAUGAGCUACUCCUUGCGAGACAAGGAAUAUGGAACUGUCAAUGAUCUGCUUCGCGCCAUCAGAGGGUAUAAAGCUUUCCGAAAGGCACGAGAAAGUCAGUUUCCAGCGAGCACAACUCGCCGUACAAGUACGCCAGCGAAAACGACUGGAACUGCUGGGACUAUGGUGAAAACGUCGUCGAACGACUCUGCACCCAGUACAAGCAAAAAGGGCAACGAUCAGUCCAAGACGAAGUGCUACAACUGUCAAGGGUAUGGGCAUUAUGCGAGCGCUUGUCCUGAACCUAAGAGACCACAACGCUGCUCGAAAUGUAACCAAGAGGGUCACCGAUCGAGGAACUGCACUUCCCAGACAGCCCCCAAGACAGUUAUGCGGGCAACAGAGAACGAGAGGUGCAAAAUGAUAUACAAGAACGCCAUAGUGUGCGGCCGAGAAGUCAUCGCAGUCUUGGAUACCGGGGCUGACAUCAGUCUCACGAAGCUUAGUUUCGCUGCCAAGUUGAACAAACAGCUCAUUGCUCAACCAGGCGCUCCCAUACGUGGUGUGGGUGGAAGCCAGACUUCCCUCGGUGAGAUCAUUGCAGAUCUUUGCGUAGACAACAUAGACAUUGCUGAAGUUCGCUUCUUCGUCGUGGAAGACAGCUGCUUGCCUGGCCCUGAUGUGAUCGUGGGCACAGACGUUAUCGACUCCCCAAAUCUAGUGCUAAUCCGAGACGGAGGAGUCUCGCUUCUAAUAAACAAGACACAGUCCCCAGAAUUUGAGAGGGUUUUGGAAGACUUGACCAUACGUCGAGGCACUAUAUGUGCUCAAGAAUCAGUUGAGAUACCGCCCCUGACGGUGCAGUUCGUGUCAGCUGUAUCUACUGGGCAUACGGAAGAACAGCUUAUACCAGUGACAAACCACGGGCACUCAACGCUAGCCCUAAAGGCGGGACAGGUACUUUCGCGUAAACCGGAAGUGGAAGAAGUGUCUCCACAUGCUGAUGUGUGCAUCGUCAACGAAGGUGCUCACAAUUGA